AUGGAGGAUGAUGGGUUCAUCCUUCUCUGCAAGGUGAGCGAGGUCCAGGACUCCUUCAGCCUCUCUGACCAGAACACAAUGGGAGGGAUGCAGGUUCCAAGCUGCACAUUGGCAGAUGAGCUAGGAGAGCUGGGGGAAAAUUCCCGAUUCACAGACUGCUGCCUGGUGGUAUCUGGCCAGGAAUUUCAGGCUCACAAGGCCAUCUUAGCAGCUCACUCUCCAGUUUUCAGAGCCAUGUUUCAACAUGACAUGAAGGAGAGCAAAAGUAGCCGCGUCGAGAUCCAUGACCUGGAGCCGCAAGUCAUUAAGACAAUGAUGGACUUCAUUUACACCGGAAAGGCACCAGACCUGGAAAGCAUGGCAGAUGUUCUGCUGGCAGCUGCUGACAAGUAUGGCCUGGAGCGUUUGAAGGUCAUGUGUGAGGAUGCCCUCUGCAGGGACCUCUCUGUGGAGAAUGCUGCCCACACUCUCUUCCUGGCUGACCUCCACAGCUCAUGGCAGCUGAAAACCCUGGCACUGGAUUUCAUUACAGCUCAUGUUUCUGAGGUCUCUGAGACCUUAGGCUGGAAGAUAAUGGAGGGCUCAUACCCCCACUUGGUGGCUGAAGCUUAUGGCUCCCUGUCUUCUGCACAGGAUACUUUCCUGGAGCCCCCACUCAAACGCAUGAAGCGAUCCUAG